CUUAAAGGAGAUCUGAAUCCUUUUUAAUUAAUGUGUAGAUAGGAAGGAAGCCAUAUUGAAAACUGAGUUGUCUCAUUCCUAAUUAUUUGUAAUGAACCCUGUACCAGUACUAGUUCUUCUUGGGUUAAUGUCAGGUAACAAUUUGUUCCUUGGAGACAAAUGGAAAAACGCAGAUUUGCAACAGGUCAGCUCUAGAUUCGAAUUUGCCUUAGGAAAUGGUACUACAAAUACCUUAUGUUCCUUGUGCGAAAAACUUGCAGGUACAUUUUUGGUCGCUGUAAAGCUAAAUGUUCCCAUUCAGUUUAUAAAAAAUGAACUUGGGCGGCUAUGUCCUGAGACACUGAUAUCUAAAAAAAUAUGUGAAGGGUUUAUUGAUGUAUACGUGCCAACUGUGAUGAGCGCACUAAAACAAUCACAGUCAACAGCAAAGGAUAUCUGCAGUUUAUUGUUAGGAGAGAGAUGCCCAUACGAACAUGGCUUACUUCACGAGUGGAACGUCUCCUUUCCAAAUGUCGGUAAGCCAGAUACGGCGGAAAGUACACCACAGGUUGGAACCCCCACUUUAAAGGUAUUGCAGCUGACAGACCUUCACUUAGACCUGAACUACGUGGAAGGGACUAACGGCAAUUGCCGCGAACCAAUUUGCUGUAGGCGUUCCUCUACUGUGGAUCAACUGGUUGUCUUUCCAGCCGGAAGAUGGGGCCAUUACAGAUGCGACCCACCAAAAAAUAUGAUCGAAGAUAUGUUGGGAAGUAUUGCAAAACGCCAUCCGGACUUGGACUACAUUAUACUAACUGGAGACUUAGUACCUCACGAUGAUUGGAAUGAAACCCGUGAAAGUGCUUUAGAACAUAUUGAUGUAACAAUUGCCAAAUUAAAGGAAUUUUUUCCGAAUACGCGCGUAUUUCCUGCUUUAGGAAACCAUGAAAGUGUUCCUGAUGGAAGUUAUCUUCCUCCUCAAAUAAAUGAGCUCGACUUAACAUCGACGUGGCUUUAUGAGAAGAUUGCUGAGUUAUGGCAUGAUUGGAUACCAAAUACAGAAGAUGCAACGAUUUUGCUUGGUGGAUAUUAUUCACAUCUCGUCCGGCCAGGACUUAGAGUAGUUUCGUUAAAUACCAACUUUUGCUACAAGUUCAAUUGGUGGCUGUACGCGGACAGUACGGACCCCGCCGGUCAACUGCAGUGGUUGGUUCAGCUUCUACAAAAAGCCGAAAACAUUGGCGAGAAGGUUCACAUUAUAGGACACAUGGCUCCAGGGGACGAUGAUUGCCUAAAGGUUUGGUCCAGAAACUAUUACGACAUUGUUAAUAGGUAUGAGAGUACCAUAAAAGCCCAAUUCUUUGGCCAUACUCAUUCCGAUGAGUUCAAGUUAUUCUAUGACGACGUGAAUCCCGACAGACCGAUCAAUAUCGCAUACGUUGCACCAUCCGUAUCUCCUUGGGAUUUGAUGAACCCAGCUUACCGGAUUUACCACAUUGACGGAGAUCACGACACUACAACAAGAGAAGUCGUGGAUCACGAAACCUGGAUAUUCGAUUUAGACGAAGCCAACGAACAAUUUCAGGAUACGCCACAAUGGUUCCGCCUUUACUCGGCCAAAGAUGCUUAUAACUUGAGUAGCUUAAAACCCAGUGAGUGGAAUAAGCUUAUUGAAUCAAUGCGGACAGAUACAAGCCUUUUCGAUGUGUUUUAUAGACACUACCACAGGGAUAGUCCUGUCAUCGACAAGUACAAUCCUGAAGAGAAACUUGCUGUGUUAUGUAAUCUGAAGAGUGGUCGAUCACGUGAUAAGGCUAAAACGUGCAGUGGACUGAAACAUUAAAAAACCGCCCUGAAGUGGUUGUCAACUUUAAUUCUCGUGAUGAUGUCGGGCAUGCAGAAAGCUUACGAAGCAUCAUUUCAUUUAGUGUUUAUAUUCACAAUGUUAUUACUAUUCUGA